AUUUCCAAUCCCAAAAGAAAGGAAAUUCUUUCUUCCUUGCAAAGAAAAAUAAGCCACACGGGUUCUAGAAAUUUGCCAACGCAGUUGAGCCCCAGUAACCAGGCCAAGCACUCUCUCUCUCUCUCUGCGUCCGAGCUGCGACCGCUCUCCCCCGUGACUUGCAGAGCAAUGAGUCAGGAAUCGUUUAUAUACAGCUUUGUGGCUCGGGGGACGAUGGUGUUAGCAGAGUAUACCGAGUUCACUGGGAACUUCCCGGCGAUUGCUGCCCAGUGCCUUUACAAACUACCCUCAUCCAACAACAAAUUCACCUACAAUUGUGAUCACCAUACUUUCAAUUUUCUCCUCGAGGAUGGUUACGCUUACUGUGUUGUUGCGAAGGAAUCUUUGAGCAAGCAAAUCUCUAUUGCUUUCCUAGAACGUGUGAAAGCAGAUUUUAAGAAAAGAUAUGGUGGUGGAAAAGCAGAUACAGCCAUUGCCAAGAGUCUUAACAAGGAGUUUGGACCGGUUAUGAAAGAACACAUGAAAUAUAUCAUUGAUCAUGCUGAAGAGAUUGAAAAGCUAAUAAAAGUGAAGGCUCAAGUUUCAGAAGUCAAAAGCAUAAUGUUAGAGAACAUUGACAAGGCUCUUGAUAGAGGAGAGAAUCUAACUAUUCUCGCAGACAAGACCGAGACAUUGCGUUCACAGGCCCAAGAUUUCAAAAAGCAAGGAACUCAAAUUCGCAGGAAGAUGUGGUAUCAGAACAUGAAAAUCAAAUUGGUGGUUCUAGGAAUUUUAUUGUUUUUGGUCCUGAUUAUCUGGCUUUCUGUUUGCCAUGGAUUUGACUGCACGAACUAGCAUGGGUUACUGAUAGGUUCUGUAUAUUGAUGUUUAAGGGAGCUAUUUAGCGAGAAAUUCUGCUUUGAAAACCCACCUGGCAACUGGAGGUAAAAAUGCAAAACCUCACCUUCUUUGGUGGUUAGUAUACGUGAAGUCUUUGGAAAUUUUUUCAAGAGAGGGGGGAUUUCUCUGUUUCAUGUACUGGAACUCUUGUUCUUGUCAAAAAGCACAGUUGUAAUCUGCUUUCCCUCUUGGAUACAAAAGAAAGCGUGUUUUUCCGGUAACAGAAGAUGUCCUAAGCCAAUAAAAAGGAAAUGAUUCCUUUCUAAUAGUU